UCCAGCACGGGGACUCUAGACAGCAGCUUCGGAGGAAAUUCUUCAUCUGAGAAAAUCUGUCUUUUAAAAGGCAAAAUACGUCCAUUUAACUCGCCGAGCAGUCAAAACAGCUAUAUUUAACGGCCAUCGUCGAAUUGAAGUCGGUUUCUGAUUAAAGUAGCCACAGGUAGUAGGUCGCUCUAACAAAGAAAAUCGUUUCUCCUGAGAGAUAAUCCCUCCAUUCUCUUUAGUUAUGAGUCAUGUGGUCGUCGAUCAUCCACACGGUCUAGACCAGCAGCUUGCUGCCCUAGACUUGAACUCUGCUGACGGACAGGGCGGAGGAACCGGCAGGCGGUACAUCCCACCUCACUUGAGGAACAAAGAUGCUUCAAAAAAUGGAAAUGCUUAUUCCGCUGGUAGACAGUGCGGUUAUUCAGUGGCACCAGUAAACCUCUACACACCUGGAUGGGACAGUGGACGCAGCAAUGGAUUUGUGAAUGGUUACCAUGACAACCGCAUGAAUGGGGGAUUUGGAGGGCGCGGACCCCCUCGAAAUGACAGAGGUGGGCGUGGCGCCUACCGCGGUAACAGGGGCGGAGGCACAUUUAAUCAACCAAUACAAAACGCAGGGUUCAGUGGCUACGACAAUAAAGAUGGGGGCUGGGGGGGUGCUCCUCGGGAUGCAGCCUACAACAGCUUCGGAGGGCGCUCUGAUAGGGGCAAGUCUGCCUUUUUUAAUGACCGUGGAGCAGGAUCCAGAGGAAGAUAUGAGCGUGGUGGCUUCGGAGGAGGGGGAAACAGUCGCUGGGUUGAAGACUCAAGAGAUGAUGAGGACUGGUCCAAACCCACAGCACCCAAUGAGCGCCUGGAACAUGAGCUGUUCUCUGGGAGCAACACUGGGAUUAACUUUGAGAAGUAUGAUGACAUUCCUGUGGAGGCCACUGGAGCCAAUUGUCCACCUCACAUUGAAAGUUUCCAUGAUGUGGAUAUGGGGGAGAUUAUCAUGGGCAACAUUAACCUAAGUCGCUACACUCGGCCCACCCCAGUACAGAAGCAUGCCAUUCCCAUCAUAAAGUCCAAGAGAGACCUCAUGGCUUGUGCCCAGACUGGCUCUGGUAAGACGGCUGCCUUCUUACUGCCAGUCCUGAGUCAGAUUUACACAGAGGGACCCGGAGAUGCUCUGCAGGCAGCCAAGACCAGUGGACAUGAGAAUGGCAAAUAUGGUCGCCGCAAGCAGUACCCCAUCUCCUUGGUUCUAGCCCCCACCAGAGAGCUGGCCCUGCAGAUCUAUGAUGAAGCCAGGAAGUUUGCCUAUCGCUCACGUGUGCGCCCCUGUGUGGUGUACGGUGGUGCUGAUAUUGGAACACAAAUCAGAGAUCUGGAGAGGGGAUGCCACCUGCUAGUGGCUACACCUGGACGCUUGGUAGACAUGAUGGAGAGGGGCAAGAUCGGUCUGGAUUAUUGCAACUACCUGGUGCUGGAUGAGGCUGACCGUAUGCUGGACAUGGGCUUUGAGCCCCAGAUCAGACGCAUUGUGGAGCAGGACACGAUGCCUCCUAAAGGCAUCCGCCAAACCAUGAUGUUCAGUGCCACUUUCCCCAAGGAGAUCCAGAUUUUGGCUCGUGAUUUCCUGGAAGAUUACAUUUUCCUGGCUGUGGGACGUGUUGGCUCCACCUCUGAAAACAUCACUCAGAAGGUGGUCUGGGUGGAGGAGAAUGAUAAGAGAUCCUUCUUGCUUGACCUGCUCAAUGCAACAGUCAUUCCCAGUGAGGUUCAGGAAAAUGUGGCAGAAGCCCCAGAGAAGCCUGGUAAGGACUCCCUGACCCUGGUGUUUGUGGAGACCAAGAAGGGAGCCGAUGCUCUGGAGGACUUCCUGUACCGUGAAGGCUAUGCCUGCACCAGUAUCCAUGGAGACCGCUCGCAGAGAGACCGGGAGGAGGCUCUGCAUCAGUUCCGCUCUGGACGCUGCCCAAUCCUGGUGGCCACAGCUGUGGCAGCCAGAGGGCUGGAUAUUUCCAAUGUGAAGCAUGUGAUUAACUUUGACCUGCCCAGUGACAUUGAGGAGUACGUUCACCGUAUUGGCCGUACGGGGCGUGUGGGCAACCUUGGUCUGGCCACGUCGUUCUUUAACGACAAAAACAGCAACAUAACCAAAGACUUGCUGGACAUCCUGGUGGAGGCCAAGCAGGAGGUUCCCUCCUGGCUCGAGAGCCUGGCAUACGAACACCAGCACAAGAGCAGCAGCCGCGGGCGCUCAAAAAGGUUCUCAGGUGGUUUUGGAGCCAGAGACUACCGUCAGACGUCCGGCGGUUCCAGCGGCUUUAGCGGUGGGCGUGGCGGACGCAACACCGGCGGUCAUGGAGGAAACCGUGGCUUUGGCGGAGGUGGCUUCGGUGGCAACUUCUACAGCAACGAUGGCUACGGGGGAAACUACAGCCACUCCGGCAGCGUAGACUGGUGGGGCAACUAGUCGCCAUAGGAACAGGUUGCCAUGCCAACCCAAACCCACGGAAACCACAUGUUAACUUUAGCCAGACCGUAACACCCCCCUCCCCACACACACGUUGUGUAGCUUCACUGACACACACAGUACAUUACCAACCCCGAAUCUCUGCCCUUUGCUUCUCACCGAAACGGAGGUGCCGCGCGACGACGACGACGACGACGCAAAGGAGGGUCACCAGCACGCGCAACCCACUGGAUACCGCAGAGAUUCCCACACCUCAGAGUGAGCAUGGACGCCGACAUGCACUGUCCGAAAGCAACCUCGGACUUCUCAUUGUUCAAUUUUUUUUUUCCUUUGUUUUGUGGAGAGAAAAAAAAACAAACAAACAAACUUGAGGAUCAUUUGUAUGUUAAUGUACUGUGCCUUUUGAAUUUGAAUAGUGUGUUUUCAUUUCACCAAAUGAAGUUGGCCAAGAACUAAAUUUGUCAAUUCUUAUUUUGUUAUUUGGUGAAAUGCAUUAGCAAAGUAUAAGCUUGGACCUAAUCAAACCUUGGCAAACACUGGGGUGUUGUGGCUCGGUGGAGUCAUGAUUCCAUUUGAAUUUCAAAUUUACGCAGGGACAUCAUGCAGCGUUUUCUACAAACAGCUCACGGAGCCAUCAUUAACGUCCGAUUCCACUGGGGCUAGUCCCGGGGAGGAAAUGGUACUCUAAUCUGAAGGGACAAAGACUUAGAUUAAUUUUCUUUCGCUCACUCUAUCCUGGACAGGCUCCUUUUUAAUGGACAUGGUGGUCUUUGAAAUAGCCAUUCCUAUUGUAAUCUUAUUCAGCAAACGGGAAGUCGUGAAACUCGGUGCCAACACUCGCCGAGGGUAAAACCAGAAUCAAUGCUGGAACUUGUUAGUCCACACUUGUUAAUUGAGGACAGUGUUAACGGCAGCUAGUAUGUGAACCAAGUGCUAGCUACGAUAAGUGGGCGGUGUUUUUUGUUUGUUUUCAUUUGAGACAUUUUUGGUGCGGGCGAACGCACGGUUGAAAAACUGAAGUCAGUUUUUUGAUUUUGGGAAAAUGUUUCUUUACAAAAUAUGUAUCAAAACAAAAAAUGCCUGCCAUCUUGAUAGUGAAGUUCAAAAUGGCUGCAUAAGGACCACAGCAUCGGGGGAGGGCAUAGCGUGGCGUUGGUGUUUACCAAUCUAUCGUAAACCGCGAGGCCCAGACGGUAUUCUACGCAUGCAAGUGUUUUGUUUUUUGGUCAAGGAGAGAAGACAUAUGAACUGAGUCGCAGGCUUAACUUAAUUACAAACGUUUUCUCUUUUCAAGCUGCGUUGUGGAGGCAUGGUUCAUCAGAGAAACAGACGUAGGAAGAUCACUGAGGUUUAUCAGUUCAACAGCAAAAGGACGGAGCGGGGCAGAGCAGC